ACAGCAGUGUACUGAAAAUUUCCAGAACUCUGACGUCAUUUUUUGUUACUCAUAGCGACCAUAACCAAUAUAAAAAACCACAGAACGCUUUCCACGUAAAUGGCGGAUUUUUCACAAACUCUAUUUUGAAAUGCAAAGUAAUAAGACAUAGGUCUAGGUGACAUUUACAUUUUUGUCAAGUGCAGCGUACUUAUAAAAAAUGUCAAUACUUUUUUAAAUAAAUUAAAUUCAAUGACAGUCAACCUGUUGUCAAAUAUUGCAUGACAAAAAAUGUCACCUCUCAUUUGAAAGUGAAAAAUAAUAUAAUAUGACCGUUCACAACCCCACACCUCCUCCCACGCAACCCCACUCUCACACACAUACACUCUACUCUCUCACUACUUCUACCGUAUCUUACUGUCCAGACAAUGUUAUAAUUGAAGGGGAAAACAUGUCAAUGCAGCUCAAGCUAAUGGAUUUCAAAACCCAGUCUUCGAACAAUGAAUCCGUUCCAUAGUCCGCUGUCGGGGGUCACCAUCCCUGACUCACAGCAGGAUUCCGGAGGCGGUGAAGGGGAGGCAAAGGUUAGCGAAAUAAACUGUAACAGUUAACUCUUCCUCAGUGACAGGGGGUGUGGGCUGAAUGCCAAAACAAGGAACACGAAAUUGCCACUUGCUCACGUGAUUCGCGCCUACUAUUGCAGAGGCCUACCCAACUCAAAUCUCCGCCCUUCUGACUUCCGCUGUACUAUCUAAUUCCCAGCCCGUUCCAUGAUUAUUUUCGAGGAGGAAAGAAACACACACAAAACAGUGAAUGAAGGAAGAGCAGAAAAGAGCAAAAACUGCCUACAUGCGCCCACGCACAUUAGACGAGCAUCAGAAGUUCCGGGGAAUUCCCGCUUCAGGUCGCGUGAUGAAAUCUCGGUCAUCUCUGAUACCCGCCUUUGCGCUUGCUGUUGGCGUUACCACUUUGUUCUACGUCAUCGUUCCUAAUGAUUCACAAGAUUAAAUCCUGAAUUGUGAUUGGAUGAUUCUUGUUCCCAGGAAUCCCACAGUCUUCCAUAAAAUACGAUUCCCCGCGGUGCUUGGGGUUAACCGAGGUUGCAACUUGCCCUUUCAAGAUUCUGACAGAGAAAGAUCCAGAAUAAAUCCUGAAACACCAGAAAGUUAACUCAGACCCUGAUGUAACUAGAAGCUGUGAAUCAAUUUACCGAUAUUGGAGCAAUUCAUCGUUGACAUCAUUGACCGAGAGUUGAGAAGAACACGAAGGAGCACCACAGAAUACAGUCGACAUAUUUUGAUCAGCUGUGCAAUACAGUGCAUUGUUGAAGGAAACUUGAAAUUAAUAAAUGUUAACUAAAAGGAGGAAGUCAACAAAAUUAGAAAUAACGACAUCAUAGAAACGAUUGAUGUAAGGAGGUUCUGCUUUAGCUUCAGCACAUUUUUACAGAGUGAAGCAAGGCUCCCAAGAAAACCUUGGCAUCUGUGCAGAGCCAGGAGAGUUGAAGAAAUAAUAUCAGCCUAGUCGAUAACAGCAGACUAAGUCGAGGAAGAUAAGAGGCCGCACUGAAAGCAGGAAGCACAAACCUAGAUAUUUUCAGGCGCAAGGAAACGAAAACUCUUUCCAAUCCGGUGGCACGAAUCCAGAAAAACUCAAGGACGAAAGCUGUAGUUUAUUUGGUUAAAAUAUAAACAGUUAUCGACCAAUUAUUCAAUAAUACAAACUCAGUGAGAGUCUCCACGACAAAGAAAGACCUGCCUGUGUCUCACAACGCUCACUUGGAUAUUCCGGAAAACAAGUAUCGAGAAGACACACCAAGAUGAACUUACUAGCACAGUGUCCCGCCUUCGUUUACUUGCUUAUGAGCCUGUUCGCCAGCACCCAGCUCAGCAGUGCCACCGAUUGCUUCAGUCAGUCAGCAGACAUCGUGUUUGCUGUUGAUUCCUCCUUCAGCAUCAGAUCGCAAGACUUCCGGAGACAGCUCACCUUCCUCCGAGCCCUCAUCGACAAUUUUCCUGUUGGUCCACACAGUGUGCAGGUUGGCGUGGUUUCUUUCGCUACAGAGGUUCACCCUGACAUCAAACUAAACGACUUCAACACAAGUCGGGAGAUCAAAGAAGCCGUGAAAGGCAUUGUACAGAUGGACAAAGGCACGGAAACGGACAAGGCUAUAAGAUUCAUUCAUACUCACAUGUUCACACCGGAAUAUGGAAGUCGGCCUUGGGCGAAGAAAUUGAUUAUUCUGGUCACCGAUGGCUUGUCACAAAAUUCGAGCCAAACGCUUCUCGAAGCUACCAUAGCGCGGAGCAAACAUAUCGAGAUCUUUAGCGUGGGAGUUGGGGACCAAGUUGAAGACUUCGAGAUUUAUGGCGUGGCCAGCGAACCUAAGACACAGCAUGUAUUCCGAGUGGACAACUACGAGGCUCUGGCUGGAAUUGAGAAGAGCCUUAGCAGCGUAGCGUGCGAACUCCCGCAAAGCGAUGGUCCUGUUGGAAAGCCAGCGGAUAUAGCCAUUAGAAAGUGUCUCAGGAAUAACGUGGACGUCAUUUUUCUGAUGGACACAUCCAACAGCAUCUGGAAACCGGACUUCCAACGCCAGAUCAAAUUUAUUGAAAAGGUCACUUCAAGGUUCUUCCUGGGCCCUACAGAGAUGAGAGUAGGCGUGGUGACUUACAGUGACACACCGAUGACCCUGCUCGCCUUGAAUGAGCUUCAGACACACCAGCACAUUCGACGCAAGCUGGGAAAGGCGUCUUACAUCACAGGUAAAACCAACACAGCUUUGGCACUCAAUCACGCAAGACGCCACUUCCAUACGCACACUGCAAACAGCGCGCACGUGGCUCGCUUCAUCGUGGCCCUCACUGACGGGGAAUCAGACUCCGUGAAAGCAACGAUAGAAGAAGCAGACAGAGCUAAGGAGGAAGGAAUCAGAAUAUUUACAGUUGGAAUUGGAUCCAAGUCGAAAGCGGAGGAUUUAAUGGCCUUUGCAAGCCAACCAUCAGAUCGCUUUGUGCUCCGUGUGGACGAUUACAAAUCUCUCAGAGAUAUCGAUGAACUGUUGGCCAUCAAAACAUGUGACGUGGCUUCGUCACUUCGUCCUCCUACCAAGUGCCCCAGCUCUCCUAUGGACCUGGUAUUUGUCUAUGACACAAACGCGUUAACGCCGCAGCAUCACCGAUACAUCAUCGGCGUCAUAUCUGACGUCACUGAAGCAAACGGUCUCAACAGUAGUGACCUGAGGGUGGGGGUUCUUCGUGAGGCGUCCGCGCUUGGUGAACCAGGUCUACACGACAUCGAACUUACCAACCAAUGGGACCGCUGGAAUUUUAAACAUCGUCUGGAAGCUUAUGAAUCUAGACGGGCAUCUAUUUUCCUGUUGCUGCAGAAGGCUCGCCACAAGUACUUUCCCCCAACGUUCCAGUACGAGGUCUCAAGUCAUAAGAAAGUUGUAGUUCUCUUCGUGGACUCAGUUUUGGACAAAGAACUUGCGUCCAAUCUGGAAGCCAUGCGUCUCCGGAAGUCUGGAGUGACCAUUAUUGUUGUGAGCGUAGGGAAAUAUUACAAGAAACUUCAGUUACAUCAGCUAGCGUCACACCCCAUCAGUAAAUACAUUUUGAACUCACCAUCUGCUCGAAAUGGUUAUCACAAAGCAGAACUAGUCUCAAAACUGAUACAAAUAUUAUGUGAGUAGCGUUUGAAUUUAUUUCAGUCAUGAUUUGUUUUCGAAAAUUGUUAUUUAUUUAAUAUUGAAGACUUUCCACAGUGCUAAAAUAUGUAUAUAUAUGCUAAUUUAUCGAUUGUUGACUUGAAUUGGUGUUAAAUUAUUUAAUACUAGAGAAUGCUUUCUGAGACCAAAAGAUAAUUAUGUAUUAUAUGAUGUUUGACAAAUGAGAAAUUAAAUGUAUGUACUUGGAAACAUGCACAUGUUCCACUUACGCAUACAAAGAGAGAGAGAGAGAGAGAGAGAGAGAGAGAGAGAGAGAGAGAGAGAGAGAGA